UCAGAUAUUAUUUCGUGCUGGUGUCGCUGAUGUGGAAUGGAGUGGAGGCGCACAACAUGUAUCGCAUGUUGGUGGUGGUCUACAACAGUCACGUCAGUCACUUCAUUCUCACCUCAGCUAUCAUUGCUUGGGGUGUCCCUUUCGUACUUCUCUCAACCAUCUUGGUCGUAGACAGAACAGCUUUCUAUGGCUAUUACCAAGAUUGCAAAUUCAGAUGCGGUUUGAAGGACAACACACUUUAUUAUGCCUGGCUGUCCCCGAUGUUAGUCAUAAUCAUCCACAAUAUUGUCAUUUUCACCAUGGUCAUGAGAGUCUUGUUCACCAAUUCACCUAAACUAAACAAAAAUGAUCAGGAGAGAAAAAGUUACAGAUCUCGGUUGGUUGGAGCUCUCACGUUGUUGGUCCUGCUGGGUGUUCCAUGGAUUUUGAGUGCAUUUGGAGCUAUCAAGAAUGAAAGUGGUGAUUCGGUUGAGAUUUUCAAAGGAAUUAUUGCGAUAAUCCUGGUGACAUUCAUCAGCUUGCAAGGACUGUUCAUAUUUUUGUUCCACUGUGCAUGCAACAGAUCUGUCCGUAACGAGUGGAGUAGUUCCAUCAGUUGGAAGGAUUCAAUAUUUAAAAAUACAAAUUUCACCACGGCAACCAGCUCAAAUACUAAAAACAGGUUCAUAUUAUCCGUAAUUUGCCUAAUCCAGAUAAGCUAAACGUCCUAUAGGAAUUGAGUCUUGCAAUUUCGACAUAUUUGAUAUAUUGAAAUUUGAGCAGCCAUUUAAAAUUUACACAAAAGUCUAUGCAACCUAACUUUCCAACAUGUACACAAUAAAUUAUGCCACAAAUUCUUCCGGAUUAUGAAACGUAAAUCUCUUGUUUUCCAGUUCAUAUUUCUACAUAAUAUUUUAAUUAAAUAUAGCUCGAUUAAUGGUUCAACACUCUGUCUGAAACUUGAAAUGCAUUUUGUAUAGAUGUCAUAAAUGUUUUAAAUUAAGGACGUGAAUAAAUAACAUU